AUGAGCAUGAUCGACGUGCUCACACGGGUGAACGCCAUUUGCAAGAAGUACGACCGGUACGACGCCGACAAGCACCGGAACGACGGCGACCAUUUCUCGCGCCUCUACGCUGCCGUGGACGCCGAGAUCGACGCCGCCAUCGAGAAAUCGGCGAGGGCCGCGAAGGAGAAGAACCGGGCGGACUCGGUGACCCUGAACGCCGACGUGCGGCGGAGCAAGGCGCGGCUCCUGGAGGAGGUGGUCAAGCUCCAGAAGAUAGCCGCCAAGAAGGUGAAAGGGCUCCCGCCAGAGGAAAAGGCGCUGCGGGCUGAUCUGGUGGCCGCGCUGCCCCACAGGAUCCAGUCCAUCCUCGACUGCCACGACGGUGGCGCCACAAACCAGGACGCCGGCUGGAAUGCUCGACCGGGGAUGAAGUUGGACGAUUAUUCAGCUGAAAGAUUAGAGGAGGGCUACUUCCACACAACUGAGUCAGAGCAGUUUAGGAGAGAGUACGAGAUGCGGCGAAUCAAGCAGGCAGAAUUCAGAUGGGAUGUGCAGGAUGAAGGGCUGGACUUCAUCUCUCAAGGUCUGGACACGCUCAAGAAUCUGGCCGAGGACAUGGACGAGGAACUGGAUAGGCAGGUCCCUCUCAUGGAUGAGAUUGACACCAAGGUGGAUAAAGCUAAUUUAGAGAUCAGGGUGACUAACGUCAGACUAAAACAAACUGUCAACCAGUUUCGAUCGACCAGGAAUUUCACAAUUGAUAUCAUCUUGAUCUGCAUCAUUCUUGGCAUUGCAACAUACCUCUACAAGUAA